AUGACAACGCACCCCUCCUCCCACACAAACACCACCACCUCCUCCUCUGUCGCCACAACCGGAGCCCCUCCCGCCCACGCCACCUCUGCCACAACAACAGUAGCAGGAACCAACCAAGCAACCUCGCAGGCCAACAUUGACGGUGGAGCAGGAGGAUUCUCGACACAGGUCGAACCCCAGAUCUUGAGCCACGAGGAAGGAGCAGGAUGGGAGCGGACUGUGACCCAAGUUCCUGGAGAGGACCCCGUUCAUAGCAUCAAGUUGGCUGGACAUAUCAAGGGGAUCCCUGGCCGGCGAUAG